AUGCAUACAUAUAUUUCAGCCUUACUGGCCGUAGCCCCAAUAGCAAUCGCAAGUCAAAAUGUAUUUAGUGUACACGAUGACUUGCUGGCAUUUCCUCAGUACGAAGUGAUCUUCUCAAAAUCACUUAUUUCAGAUCAAGCUGCCAGUGCCAUAGUUCAGCAAGCUGCUUCCGCAACUCACAACCCUCCGCAGGCUUCGAAUACCGAGCUCGAAUCACACACCAACAUUGCGGAUGGACCUACGGGAAAAGAUGUAGCUGAUCAAUUAUUCGAUCCAUCUAACGAAACUUACGAGCUCAUGUACCUAAACGGCGAACAACAUCUGUGUACAAUUCCAAUCGUCAAUAUCCCACCAAGAAAUGAGACGUCCGAAGCAGAGGCAAAGUUGGCCGAGGCGAAAGAGAUGGUCAGAGCUACGAACAGAGGUUGGGAGCUACUCCAGGACCUUGAAGGAAACUGUUUGUACUAUGUUUCUGGGUGGUGGUCAUAUGCGUUCUGUUACAACUCAGAAAUCACUCAGUUCCACGCCCUUCCCCCGCAAGCUGGAAAACCGCCAUUACCGCCAGCACGAGACACAAAUACCAAAGAAUUCGUCCUAGGACGGGCGAAGAAAUCCAAUGAGAAGUCAGAUAAGUCAGAUGAAUGGGGUAAUGCGAUCUCGACGAAAUCGACUCGAUCCGAAUCCCCAAAGACCGAUCUCCAAAUGAAGGGUGACACAAGAUACCUAGUGCAGAAGAUGGAAGGAGGCACUACAUGCGAUUUAACUGGUAAACCACGCAAGAUUGAAGUGCAAUUCCAUUGCAACCCACAGGUCAGCGAUCGGAUAGGUUACAUCAAGGAAGUCACUACUUGUUCAUAUCUAAUGGUUAUUUAUACACCACGUCUCUGUAAUGAUGUAGCCUUCAUGCCUCCGAAAGAUAUCAAGGCAAACCUAAUAGUUUGCCGCACCAUUGUCCCGACUUCAGAAAUCGAGGCACGAACCGAGGCCAUAUCUCAAGAAGCCGAACUCGCUACAUCUCCCAAGAAAGAGAAGAGAACUAUUACCGUUGGCGGCGUGGUUCUUGGAGGAGGAAAAUGGAUUACGAAAGGAAGUCCCAAAAUGGCAAUUCCCGCAAAUUUCAAUUCCGACAGUUUCGGAAAGCACAUUGAGAUUAUUGGCAAAGCCAGAAGUAAGGCCGAAGGGGGUCAGGUGGAAAUGUUUAGUGAUGCGGAGUUGCAGGAGCUGGAUCUUGAUCCAGAUAUGGUUGAGCAGGUCAGGAAGCAGGUGGAGCAGCUAGCCAAGGAGAAGGGCUGGAAAAUUGAGGUCGUGGAUUCGCCGGGUGAGACUAGAGAAAUUUUGGGGAUUGUAGAUGGAGAUGAAGAUGAUGAGAAGGCGCCAAGUAAAGAUAACGAGGAGAGCAGUGAGGGUAGCGAGGAAGUUUUUAAAGAGGAGUUAUAA